CCCUCCUCUCUUUCUUCCUCUCACUAAUUUUCAACAUCCUCCUCCUCCAAACACCAAUCAACCAUAUAUAAAACCCACUUCCUCAUCCUCUUUCUCACACCACCUCAUUCAUUUCUUCUCUCCCUUAAGAAAAAAAAUGGACGACAUAAAAAACAACGCAGUCCCACAAAUGGACGACACUGACGACACCCUCUCCUUCUGCGACUUCUCCCUCAACAACGACGACUACGACAACUACUCGCCGUCUCCCAGCCAAUACCCGGACACCCCGGAAAGCUUCUUCGAGUUCCUCGUCGACCCGGAUUUCGAACCUGACGCUUCCGCAGUGGGCCCCACGCUCGACGCUAUCGUCUUCUGCGGCAAAACGAUCGCCUACGAUGCCCCCCAAAACCCAAAGCAGCCUAAAUUGGUCCAGAGGGACCCACGAAACGGCCUCUUCCUCUUCAAAACCAACUCCUUCAAGAGGUCCCACAGCUUCCGAUCGGCCCUCGAUCUGGCCAUAUCCUCGCCGUUCAAGCCCAGCUCACCGGCCACCGGGAGCUGCCGGUACCAGAGCAGCAGGUCCCGCAAGCAUAAGAUGGUUCUGAUCGGGUCGCUGGUCAAGCCCCAGCCCAAAAUGGAGCUCCGUGAUAUCAAGAGGAGGCAGAGCCGGCGGGUCCCGAAGCCGAUGUUCCCGGUCGCUAAUGGAACCGAACUGGUUGCCGCUGCACCCGCCGAUGGCGGUGGGGCCCACCACAAGGGCCUGCUUCGGCCUCUCAGGUGCAGGGCCCACCUCGUGAGUGCGUUGGUUAAGGCGUCGUUUGGUUGCAUUCCGUCACCAAAGCCCGUGUAAAAAACACCAUUCCCGCGCGUGGACUUAGUCCUUCAUUUCACACUUGGAGGAUUUUUCCGUUUAUUCAUUUUGUGUACUUUUUUCUUGCUAUUUUUAUUUUUUUACAAUGAUAUUUUUGCUUGGUGAUGUAUAGACUAAGUUUUUAUUUAUUUAUAUAUAAAAAAAAAUAAACAAAUAGGAAUGAUAAUUUCCUUGGUCACGUAUGGUCUAAGCUUAAAUAGUCAGAAUUGGUGUGUCUAUCUAAUUAUAUAAUCUUUUUUGUGGGUCUAUCUAAUUUUCUUUUUGGC